CCCCCCCCCCCCCGGUGGCGGCCGCGUUCCCGAAGGAGAUCGCCCUCGGCCGGGAGGGGCGGGGGCCGCUUGGCCUGGGGAGCCGGGGGCGGCCGUCGGUCUGUCCGCUCCCGCCGGGCUGGUGCAUCAGGCUGGGUGGGCCCAGCGCCGAGGGCAGCCCUGGGGCCGGGCGCGGCUUCGCCUCCGGUCCCCCCGAUUCAGCUCCCCCGCCUUUUCCCCCCAGCUCUCCAAAAAGUCUUCACUAUUUCUCAUUUUAAAGCACAGCAGCCCCCCACGGCUACGGCGAUUGUUAUUUUUAUUACCCUCCCCGGGAGCUCCCGGAGGGACUUGAUCUCGCAUCCCAGUCCCGACCCCAGGCUUCCUUCUCUGUGCCUUUCCCCGUGUCCCGACGUGGGGGUGGGGGUGGGGGUGGGGGUGGUCACAGUAGGUCACAGCCCUACUGCCCCGUGGGGAGUAGUUGGAGAGACCGAGGCUCCGCGUUCACCACUUGGAGGUCUUAGGCGGACCCGGCUCCAGGGCACAAGGGAUCCCACGAAGCAGCAGCUCCCCCCUCAAAAGGGGGACCGGCCAGACAGGGAGCUGAUGAAUGUGCCCUACCAGGCUUUGCCUACCACACCGUCCAGAUCCCCGGGGGGCUGUGAUGGCCCACAAAGACUACUUGUGAUGGGAACCCAUCCUAACUUCUCCAGGCCAGGGAAGGGAGAGACUUGGGCAGGGCGGUGGCCACCCAGUGGCUCGCCUCCCUCCACCUCUGGCCCAGGACACUCCUCCGCGGGGAAUGCUGCCAGCUGCCAGGAAUGCUGGGGGCGUCAGGGGCGGCCUGCCCAGCCUGAUACUCACUCUCCUGGCAGAUGGGGUUGCUGAGGACUUGGCACUCGGCUGCGUAGUACCUGGAGUCAGCAGCACCUACAGACGGAUCCCGGACGCUGCUCAGGGGUGCUCGCUGGCCUCCUGGAAGGCGGAUGGGCAGUUGAGAGGUCCCAGGAGGCAGGAGCCGCUUCUCAAACUGGCCUCCCGGGACUCAGGAGUGGAGAUGGUGGUUGGAGACAGCCCCCUGACCGCCUCACCGGGCCUUUCUCAGGACUCUCUGGACUUUGAGCCCACAGGGAGCCCUGAGCCCCCCGCCCUUGCUUCCAUGGAGCCUCCCGCCCACCUAGGCCGGCUUGUGGCCAGCCAUAAGCUGGAGCAGAUGCUGGAGCGGUCCCGCCAACUCCCGGCUUCCCCUGCCGGUGCGCCGCCCCACCACCGCUCCCUGAAGCCACCAAGCAAGCCUGAAUAUGAUGUGCCCCUUUUUGGAGCAGGGGAACGGGAGGCCACUGAGGCAGAAACGGACCUAGAGGCAGGCCUAGAAGAAGCAGAGGUGGUCGGGGGCCUGGGGCCUGAAGCCUGGGCCUGUCUCCCAGGGCAGGGUCUCCGCUACCUGGAACACCUGUGCCUCGUGCUGGAGCAGAUGGCAAGGCUUCAGCAGCUCUACCUGCAGCUGCAGACCCAGAGGCCCCCAAGGGAUCCUGAAGCGGAGGAGGCAGAGGAAGAGGAGGAGGUGGGGGAGCCAAUCCUGGCACCUUCACCUCCACCUUCUCGUGCCCCAGGCAGUGAGGCACGCAAACUGCUGAGCCAGACACAGGAGACAGGUAAUCUGAUUCUUUCUGAAGGGGCAAAAACAGCAGCAGCCCUAAAGGGAGGGCUGCCAAGUGCCAACCCUGCCAGGCUGUCAGAGGCCACUGCAGAGCCAGCCCACAUCUUCCCACCCUCCCAGGGACACAAGCCGGAUCUCUCCCACUGGAACAAGGUCAAAGUCCUGCUCAACCGGAUCCGUCGGAGGAGCCCGAAGCACGCUGAGUCCCCUGCCCCUUCUGAUGGGCGUGCCCCUAGGAUUGAGUCAAGGGGGGUCCCCGAAAGACCUCCAUGCCAGCCACUCCGGAAGACCUUUAUGCCAUCAUUUGUGGUUAAGAAGCAGCGAGCGAAAAACCUCUCUGUAUGCUGAGACCUCCUGGUGCGGGACGUGACCCCUGGUGGAGGGGUGUGCAGUGAAGUCUUCUUCCUCGCCCUUUGCCCUCUGCUGCUUCUGGGCACUGCCAGGAAAAGCUGCUGAUACUCUUCUCUCUGAGGAGAGAGCUGGAUCUUUCUCCUCUGGGCAGCCUGGUAGAGGAGCCCUGGUUCCCUGAGAGGCCCCCCAGGUGUGGCAGCCCCCGGGCUCCUUACUGGUUGCCAGAAAUCCCUGGUCCUAGACAAUGUGAACUAACUUAUUUAUCCGGAGUCCUUGGAGCAGGUUUGGCACCAUGUCCUACUGGGGCAUGGCGUGUCACAGGCGUGGAGCUAUGCAAAAUGAUACGUGUAUCUCUGUGAGUGUGUCACUGUUGCGAACUGGCUGGAUCCAUCCAGUGUCUUCUGAAUCAUGUGCUCAGGGGGUUGGUCCUCUGGGUGACAUAACUGGUGAGGUAACUGCGGAAGGAUGGAACCGGCCUUCAUUCCUCAGUGGUCUGAUCUGGAGUCUUGCUUCCUCCUCAUACCUUCGUGGGUAGCCCCAGGACGGGGCAGGAGGGCCCCACCUUGGGUGCCUCUGCAGAGAGCUUGCCUGUGGAGCAGAGCUCCUGAAGACCGAACCCGGAACGGAAGGUCAGGGACAACGUGGAGAAGAGCAGAGUAACCUUCAAGAUCUGUCCUCCGCCGCUUCGGUCCCUUUACACAUCAGAGCCAAAACCAGAGACUCCUACUAGCUUUAUGACCUUGACAAAAAUCCCUUAACUUUUCUGAGCCAUGGCUUCCUACUUAACCUCCCAGAUGGUUUCAUGAUACCUGCCCCACCUACCUCACAGUCUUGUUAUGAAGAUAAAAUGAGAUUAAACUGUCUCAUCCAAGUG